UGUAUUUGAAAUAGUUAUAUAAAUAUUUAAGUAUAUGAUUAACAUUAAAAAUAUAUACCAAUUAUGUUCUAAAACAAUAAUUUAUGUAUAGAAAAGUGAAAACAAACAUCCGUGCGGUUGCACGGGUCAAAAUAUAGUUUGAUAAUUAAAAAAAAUGAAUUAUUUACACAACUAAAUAAUUAUAUUUAUGUUUGUUUUUCACAACAAAGAUCCACAUAAUAUUCUACUCAACUAGCUAUAAUGCAUAAAAAAGAUUUUUGUCCAAGGGUCCUAUAGUUUUAAGCUGGCACUGAAUACACUAAUGCAUAUCUUUUGUAAUAACUACUGUAUCUUCACAUUUUUGGUAAAAACAUUAUUACUCUUGGUCAAAUCUAUCCAUUUGUACUUAAUAUGGUUAUAAAGAAUGAAUGUGUAUAUGAAAUGCUAUUCACUCAUCACAUCAGAAAAUAAUCAAAUACAAAAAGAAUGAUAACAAAUUUAAUAAAGGUAGUAUAGUUUAUUAAUCAAUUCUUGUGAGCUUCAACAGUUCAUUUCUUAAAAUAAUAAGAAAAAAAAAGAGGGAUCUAAAUAAAGUUUUAUCUAUAGAAAGCAUCAUUAAAUCAUCUAUCAUACAGAUAUCUCAAUUAUAUUGUGCAGAUAUCUAUUUAGGUAAGACCUUGUUUGAAACGAUUUGUAUACUAUGAAAGAACUAACAUUGUAAUAUCCCUAAACUGUUUAACAGCGAAAAGAAUUUAAGAUGUAUGAUUGUUUCAGUAACUUUUUGUCUUAAACAGUUACCCGUUUAGUUAUCAGAUUCUUUCUAUCUAUUUUUUUUUUCUUUCAAUUUCUGCGGAGAUCAGAAGGUCAGGUGCGUGUGCCAAUAAGCUAUUGAGCACAUCAUGUCCGAGAAGAGCUGGCAACCGACAGAGAUGCUGGUUGUCUACAGAUGAAUUGAUGAAGCCCACUUUGACGGACACCGGUUCUGAAAUCACCGAUACUUAAUAAUUUCAAGUUCAAGAGAUCAUCUGCAACUACACCAACAGUAUCAUUUACUAAUCAGUUAUCCCAUAAAAUAAUUCUGUCGUACAUACCAAAUAUAUUUAUUUAUGUGCGUCGUACGAGUUGUGUAAUUAUAGUUUAAUCACCCACUGAAUAGACAAUUUAAAUUCAAAAGAAGAAGUUUCAUAUCAUCAAAUGAGCCUUGUCGAUCCCAUUGGAACUUAUUCUUUCCCCUCCCAGAAUUAUUGCACUUAUUUUAUUGUUGAUAUAUUUUGGUCUUCUUCUUUGGAUUUUAAAGUUUUUACCAAAAGAAGAAAGAAAUAACGUAAUGCUACUAGUGAGCCAGGUGGACUAGGUUUAUAGACCACUGGUAGGCAAAAGAUAAAAAUUGUAGAAUUAAUUAAAAAAGGGCAUUAUCAACAACACAUAUCAAGCAUAAAGAAAAUAUAAUUUUGUGGUUCUCUCUCUCAUCAUAAAUCUAGGGUUUCUUAAGAAGUUCCCAGCAAUCUGUAUCACACCAUUUUCCCCAAAUCUAUUCUUUUCUAUCUCUCUCCACAAACACAUACAGAUAUAUAUACAAAUAGAGAACCACUCAUCAAUCCAAGAUCAUAGAACAUACAAAGAGGACGAUUUAGAUCUUAGGCUUUGAUAAGAAAGUGAAUAAUGGUGAGGGGAAAGACUGAGAUCAAGAGGAUAGAGAACGCAACGAGCAGGCAAGUGACUUUCUCCAAGAGAAGAAAUGGACUUUUAAAGAAAGCUUUCGAGUUAUCUGUCCUUUGUGAUGCUGAAGUUGGUUUGAUCAUCUUCUCUCCAAGAUCCAAACUCUAUGAGUUCUCUAGCUCUAGCAUAGCAAAAACAAUAGAACGAUAUCAGAAACGGGUCAAAGAAACUGGGAUUAACCACACAAGAGAGAAUAAUUCUCAGCAAGCAAGAGACGAAACAUAUGGUUUGACAAAAAAAAUUGAGCAGCUAGAGAUAUCUAAACGAAAAUUGCUUGGGAAAGGUAUUGAUGCAUGUUCUAUUGAGGAGCUGCAACAGUUAGAGAAUCAGUUGGAGCGAGGCUUGAGCAGGAUAAGAGCCAAGAAGUACCAAUUACUCCGUGAAGAAAUUGAGAAGCUGAAGGAAGAGGAGAGGAAUCUCAUUAAGGAAAAUAAAGAACUGAAGGAGAAGUGGCGCGGAAUGGGAGCAAUAGUAGUAGCAUCACCAUCAUCAACGUUAUCAUCAGCAGAAGUGAACACGGAUAGCGUUGACAAUAUGGAAGUGGAGACUGGUUUGUUCAUUGGACCUCCUGAACCAAGACAAUCCAAGAAACUCCCUCUUUAACGUUAAGCCAAGUUUAAAAAAAGAAGAAGUUAAGCCUCACAACUUCAAAAGAAUGUUAUUUAUGUUUUAUAUAUUUUCGUCCAAAAAGUUGAGGUGUCAAUAAGUUCUUAAACAUAGUGUAGUAUUUUGUUCUUAUUCAAUGGGUUGAGUUUCUAAAAUUUCUAUAAAAAACUGUUCUAUCCCUUUUGGGUGUAUUGGAAACUUAGAACAUAGAACAUAUUAGCUUGAAGUAUUUUGUUUAUAUGCAUUUUUAAUAAAUACUGUUUACAAUAUAUUAAAAAAACAAUCUUUUUUUUCUACGUAAUUAAGUAGAAAUCAUAAAAUUCAUAGGUAAUAUCGAAGAAAAAUCACUUUACUUUUCGUAGUGUUUACGAGAAUGGGACAUCUUGCACACUCUGAUUAAGGAUUAUACUGUCAAUUA